GGCUUUAUUUUCUUUCGCACCGCGAGAGCACAAAGUUUCAAUCGCGGGCAGAGUUCAGUUGGCCGUUAAAUGGAGUGAAAUUUUUCCCCAGCGGUUCGCUUGUCGUUUCCAGAGAUUUGUACAGGAAAUUUUGCUGUUUUUGUGAUUUAUUUUAGUUGUGAUUUGCUUCAGGUGAACGUUUAAUUAUGGCCACACACUUCCGCAUUGCCAAAACCGACGAGAAUGACGCAGCCCGUGUUCAGGCGAAGAAGGUCUUGAAGGAACCGACUCUGGGCAAAAGAGCCGUGCUCGGAGAACUCGGGAACAAAGUGCUGAAGAAUGUUGUGGAGCAUGGCAAGGGAAAGGACACAGGAGGAGCAAUAUUCAAAUCCAACGAUGCCACCUUCAAAAACAUUAAAGCCCGAGUGGACACCCACUGGAAGAAAUCCGACGGCCAAAUAACGGUUUUCCCGGUGUCCAAACCGGUAACUCGAUCCGAUUCUCUAAAAGGCUUGAACCAUGUUGGGCUCGGAAAGCAAAUCAAAAGCACAACCGUUUCCACCGUCGCCGUUCCUGCCCAGAAAAAAGUGGUCCACGUUACGAAGGGUGCCGAAGUUAAGAAAGUCAAGGUGGUCAACCUGAAACGGGAGGAAAGUCGACUGACUCGGCGGUCGCUUACCAAACUGAAGCAGCUGAAAAAGCAGACCACAAGCUCCUCUUCCAGCAGCUCGUCGCUAGCAACGAAUUCCGACGAGGAGGAAGACUAUAAAAUAGAGAAACCGGACUCUCCCGACACCCAUUCCCACAAAUUAAUUGAGGAAGUUGAGAACAUUGACAUCAACGAUGCUUGGAAUCCUAUGUUGGUUUCGGAAUACGUAAACGAUAUCUACAACUAUUUGAACAGCUUGGAAGAAACGUUUGCAAUUCGGGAGAACUUCCUCGAUAGCCAUAAACAGAUUAAUCAUAAAAUGCGCACUAUUCUCAUUGAUUGGAUCAAUGAAGUGCAAUACCAGUAUAAGCUCGAGAUCGAUACUUAUCACAUGACCGUUUCGAUCAUCGAUAGAUAUCUCCAGCUUGUGGUCGAUACUCCUAAAAAAGAACUGCAGUUGGUCGGCGUGACGGCAAUGUUCAUCGCAUCCAAGUACGAGGAACUGUUCCCACCAGACAUCGAUGAUUUCGUGUACAUCACCGACGAUACCUACAAAAAGAAACAGAUCCUCGAUAUGGAGAAGCAGAUCGUGAAGGUGUUGGACUUUCACCUGGGCAAACCGCUGCCCACGCACUUUUUGCGGCGCUAUUCCAAGGCUGCCAAAGCCGCUGACAAGAACCAUCUGUGCGCAAAGUUCCUAAUCGAGAUGGCCAGCAUCGACUACAGCACGGCGCACUACAAGCCGUCCGAGAUUGCUGCUGCUGCACUGUACAUAUCCCUGACUUUGUUCCCACUGGCUAAUAACACCGAACCCAAGGUGUGGACCAAAACUCUUGAACACUACACACAUUACACUGUGCAACAUCUGAUGCCGAUCGUGCAGCGGUUGGCCAAGGUGGUCAAAAACGCCCCCAAUAUGAAAGUUCACGCCGUUUACCACAAAUAUCAGUCCAGUAAAUUCGAAAGGAUCUCCGUUCAACCGGAGUUCCAAGGACCUGUGAUGGACAAGCUGAUAGACGGUGAACUGAACCUGUAGUGUAGUUCAAUUUUAUGAAUCGAUAUAUUUAGCUAUCAUAUUACUGAAAAUAGGUGACUCGAUUUGCCACUAGACAAAAAAUCUUACAAGCCUAGGCUAUUCCAGUUUAUAUCCUCUACAACAUUUGUUUUUUUUUACGCGUAGUGUAUUGAUUAAUCGUUUAAGAAGAUUUUAACAAUCCUAAAAUAUUUUCUAAUUGUAGUUUUUUUCGGCAAUAUUGCUAAUGCGAGAGGAUAAAAUGGUCUUAGGCUAGAUCAGGAAAACAAAUUCCCAUUAGUUGUGUUUUUUGCUACUAAACCGAGCAUAAUAAACUUUUGACUGAUCAAUUGUAACAAUUUGAUGUA